AUGUCAACCCCGGAGGAAUCUCCCGCCCAGCGAGCGGCGCGCCUGCGCCGAGAGCGCCGCGAGACCAAGAUCAGGGAUGGAGGAUCACAGCGGCUGAACAAGAUCACCAGCCUCGCUGGACGGAAACCCCAACCCCCCAGCCUGCUGCCGCCAGCGCAUCCCCAUCCCCCCGCGCCUCAAAUCCGACCCUCGCCCUCCCCCCAACCAGACAUGCAGUCUGCAGAGAGCCUCCGCGCCCAGCAGGAAGCCUUUCGCGCCUUGCUCCGCCAAUCGGCCCCCGAGCCCGGCCAGGACCAGCAACAACCAGGCGACAUGCCAGAAGACCCUACCAUAAAACUUCUCAAUUCCCUCCUCGGCGCCAUGCCCGGUGAUCCCAACGCCGCCCCUCCUCCCGGCGCGCCUCCCCAGCCCCCAGGCCAGCAGCCGCCAGGCCUCUCACCUGCCGACAUCGCCUCCGCACUCGGUGUACCACCCUACCUAGCCAAUAUGCUGGGCGGUAAACAGCCGCCGACGGAGCAGGAGCAGAAGCGACAGCGGGUGUUGAAGACGUUGCAUGUUCUUUUCGCGGUCGUGGUGUCUGUGUACUUGCUUUUCGUAAUCGGGAAGUCGGUUGCUACCUUUGGAUUUCCGCCGCCAAAGCCCGCGACGGCUCAGAAUCCCUGGACCGUGUUUGUUACGGGGGAAUUGGUGCUCUCCGGUGGGAGGGUCCUGCUUGCUGGGAAACAGGGUGGUCUCGGUAUGGCGGUGCAGCUGGUUAGGGACGUUAUCCGCGAUGGAAGUCUUGUUCUGUUUGUGCUCGGCAUGGGCACAUGGUAUCAUAGCGAGUGGCAGACUGCUGCCGUGUACUAG